UGUACCUGAACUGCGAAAAUUCUGUUUGUGCAUAAAAAGUAAGCAUUGUCCGACAAGUUGCCACGUACACCAGUCACUGGUCUAUAGUUACAAUUUAAGAUAAUUGACUAUUANUUUUACACGAAAUUCGUUUUUAAUAAAAUGUCGUGUGGUGAAGAACAUUUGUCAGAUAAUACAGAAAACUUCGAACGGUUAUACUCAAUAAACAUCGACGGUAGUAUUCCAUUUUAUGCAUACAGAUCCAAAAACACCGGCAUCACUGUAUGUAUUGCAGAAACACACGGUCCAUUUAUCAAUGGAGAUGUUAAUAUUGUGACAGAAACAUUUGAUAACGAUGGUCUUCCUUACGCGGUGGAGCAUCUUAUUUUCAUGGCCAGCGACGAUUACCGUUACAAUAAUAUUUUGCAAUUAUGGGGUAGUAGAUUCCUAACAGAUAACAUUAAAGGAUUUGCUUUCAAAACUCACACUUGUUUUACUAUGAGAGCAGCUGGUAGCGAAGCAUUUCUUACUUUAAUGCCAACAUAUCUGGACCACAUACUUUACCCUACUUUAGAGGAUACAGCAUAUCUUGUAGAAGUAUAUGAUAGUACUCGAAAAGGCCACAAUGCCGGUACAGUUUAUUGUAAAACCCAGGCUACAGAACGUACAGCAAAUUUUGUAUUACAUAACAAAAUGUUACGAGUUCUCUAUCCAGGAAAAUGUGGAUAUAAGUCAGUUAUACCAGGUACGACAAAAAAUUUGCGCGAAAGUACUAAUAAUGAAAAAGUCAAACAGUUUCACAGAAAGUUCUACAGGCCAGAAAACUUGACUAUAUUGAUAACGGGCAAAAUAAUUCACAGUCAUAUUUUUCAAGCGUUACUGUCUUUAGAACAGAAAAUAAUGUCGAAGAAAAGAAAUGAUAUAUUUGAGAGACCUUGGCAAAAUCCAAUUGAAUCAUUCAAGAAAAGCGCAGAAGUGGAAGUUAUUUUUCCAUCCGAGGACGCAAACUAUGGCGAAGUACAUGUUGCCUGGCGGGGACCGUCAGCAAUUACUCAAGUGUACGAAUAUACCACUUGUCAAGCACUUUUAGAAUAUAUCGCGGAAACAAACGAUAGUCCGUUAAGACUAUUCUUUGAUAAAUUUGCUGAUCAAUGUAGUAUUACGUGGUUUUCGUCUAAAUGGUCAGUUUCAUAUUUGAAGAUUAUUUUUGAAAACGUACCACUAAACCACAUUGAUUCGAUCACAAAAGAGUCUAUGUAUACAGUACUUAAAACGGUAUAUACCAAUGGUAUAAAUAUGAAAAUAAUGGAAAGUUUAAUUCGCAAAUCAUUGAUUAACUACCGAAAUGAAUUUGAACUAACUCCGCAUGAACCCAUCUCACACAUUCUUUUUCAUUAUUUAGUAUACGAGAAUAUUGAAAAUUUACAACAACGGUUACAGAAUAUUCUACGCGAAAAAGAAAACUUGUUAAACAAGCCUAAAGAACAUUUUUUAGAUCUACUUAAACAGUAUUUUAUCGAUGCACCGAUGGUUAUCGUGAAAGGCGAACCCAGUUUCGAAGAGUAUUAUAAGUUGCAAAAAAAAGAAAAACAUGUAACCGAGCAAAUCACAAAGUUCGGCCGCAAAAGUUUAAAGGAGAAAGACAAAGAGCUUCAACAAGCUAUCGAAAAAUUAAACAAAGGUGUGCUUAAAGAAGUAGGGGAAAAAAUGCUUAGACCUGGCAUAGAAACAAUCACUUUUCAUGACAUUCAGAGAUAUAACACGCAAACGCUCGAGCAACAUCCUAAGUUCGAUGUUAAAAGACUGCCAUUUUUUAUCUAUUUAGAUCAUGUCAAUACAAAUUUCUUUUAUUUACAAGUUAUUAUGGAUACUUCUUCUAUUAGUCUGGAAAAUAAACUUUAUAUUCUGUUGUUGGCGGAAGUACUUUUAGAAUCUCCCGUAAAUAGAGAAAAUCAACUGAUUUCUAACGAAGAACUAAAAGAUUUGUUAAUUGCUGAUAAUAUAGUAGUUCACUCUCCAUGUGGCAUUGAUUUUUCGCACGAAAUCGCUCAUACUCUGUCUUUAAUGAUUCGG